AUGACUUCAUCAUUUGAAUCAAUUGUUCUUAAUACCCCCGUAAAAGGUGUUAGUAAUAAACGAAGAGGAGGAAGAAAAAUGGUUGAGAAUGAUGACCAUUGUGAUGAAAAGAAAAGAAAAAAUCGUGAUAGCCAAAGAAAUUAUCGAGAAAAGAAGAAGCGAUAUGUUGAAGAAUUAGAAACUAAUCAUAAUGAAUCUAUCGAUCUGAAUGAUAGAUUAAUGAGAGAAUUGGAUACAUUGAAAAAGAAGAAAGAUGCGAAUGAAGAAAACGAAAUUCUUAAAGAAGAGAAUAAAAAGAUACAAGAAGAAAAUGAUUCACUUAAAGAAGAAAUCGAAAAAUUACGAAAAGAAAAAGAAGAAUUGAAUAAUAAAGUUGAAAAAUCACGAGAGAAAAAAAAGAAAAUGUAUAUCGAGAAUGAAAAAUUACAAGAUGAGAAUAAAGAUCUUAAAACCGAAAUUCAAGAAAGUCAAGAAUUAAUACAAGAAAUGAAAGAAGAAAUGCAAAAAAUGAAAGAAGAAAAAGAAAAUCAAAAAAUCCAAGAAAAUACAAUGAAUGACCAAGAAAUGGAAGUAAUUGAGGAUAGUGGUGAAACGAAUAAUAUUGAUAUUAAUAUCAUUGAUAAUAUAUUAUUUAAUAAUAGUAGUGAUGUAUUAUUAAAUAAUAGUAGUGAUGUAUUAUUAAAUAAUAGUAGUAAUGUAUCAAAUAACGGUAGUGGUGUGUAUAUAAAUAAUUUUACUUUAGAUGAUGUUUAUAUAGAUAAUUUUCCAAUUAAUAAUUCGAUAAUAGAUAAUAAUGAUAUAAUUGGUAAUAAUUAUUUAGGUUUAAAUAGUAUAGGAUUUUCAAAUAAUAAUGAUUUUUUAUCAAAUUGGAAUUAUUCGAUAUUACAAAAUUUUGAUAGUAUUCAAAAUAGUUUGAAUAAUUUUUUUUAA